GCUAGUUCUGAACCCAAAGCCAUCAUGUUGAGAAACGAAACAUUUUCAUACGGAAUCAACCUAUAUGUAUGUGUUGAACUUAACUUUAUUUUCAAGCAAUGCAUUCAUAUCAUCAUGUAUAUCCUAGACGUGAGUUGAGGACCAUGGCAUACUUUGCAUACCGCGACAAGAGGUCAAGCCUAGUGUGCCUCUUCCGCGAGCCCGCCCAGGAGCCUUCGGGAUCCAACGGGUUUCAUCAGAAGGGCUUGUAUUACCACUCAGCUUAUGCUGAGCGUAUAGCUUUGUUUUUGCUAUACGCAGGGGCAAAUGAGGAGCUGUUGAUCUCUCCUUUUCAUGCAGGACUUAAGCAUCACUUGCAUCAAGAGAUUGCCCUCUUAAAACCGGAGAGUCUUUCGGCAUCCUUCGUGUUGGCCCAUGAACUCGAAGCGAAGCAUACCGCUCUACUACAAUCUGUCCCGUCGCGGCCUUCCUUUGGCGGUCCGGUCUUGCAUUCACGAGGCCCUCAUAUGGGCUUACGUCCAGCUUCAAUGACGCCACUGCUGCCCACUCUUGCGAAGAGCACCUCGAACCGAAUUUCGGGGGCAGUGGCCAUUGCAUACCUCGGCCACAUCAUAGCUGCAUGGGAGUUACGUGCAGACCCUUCUAAGAUUGAAGCCAUGUCGGAGUGGCCCAAGCCGUCAAUGGUUAAACAAUUACGCGUUUUUUUGGGGUUAACCAGUUAUUACCACCGCUUUGUCCGCCACUACUCUCACAUUGCCGCACCCCUUAUUGACUUACUGAAGAGGGAGGCUUUCCAGUGGUCACCCGAUGCAGACGCUGCAUUCGCAGCUCUCAAACAAGCCAUGGUGUCCACCCCCGUCCUUUGCCUUCCAAACUUCUCGGUUAUGUUCAUCAUCAUGACCGACGCAUGUGCCAUGCAAAUCGGGGUAGUCUUGCUACAGGCGGAACAACCAGUUGCCUAUUUUAUCAAGAAAUUAGGUCCCCGCAAAAUGUCCGCCUCAACGUACCAUAAGAAACUAUUUGCUAUUGUGGAAUCCGUCAAUAAAUGGGACCAAUACCUACUCGGAAGGGAAUUUCUAAUUCGGACCGACCAACGGAGUCUUCGCGAACUUCUUCAUCAAGUGGUACAGACUCCGGACCAACCAUACUACUUGAGGAAAUUAAUGGGUUUCAGAUUUAAGAUUGAGUAUAAAGCCAGAGCCUCGAAUCGGGUGGCCGAUGCACUGUCCCAGCGUGACUCUAUGGAUGACACCUUCACCACGUUCUUCCCCUUUUCACAGCCGGUACCAGUGAUUAUGGUAGACAUUCGGCACGGGAAUACUACCAAAGAAGAUCUCUAUUAGUUGCAUCCUGCAGCGACAGAGGGAAGGCAGCAGAUUACUCCAUCUCCGACGGCUUACUUUUCUACAGACGGCAGUUAUGCAUUGGACGCAGCUCCCCUCUCCGCGAAAUCCUCCUACGGGAGUAUCAUGACGCUCGUUUGGUAGGCCACCCGGGCGUCUAGCACACUUUUCAAAGAUUAGGUAUGGUUUU